AUGGCGACAACCAAGAUCUCUCUGCCCAAUGCGCGGCCCUACUCCUUUCAGUUUCCAAUUGCAACGACCGCAUUCAUCAUCAUUGACAUGCAGCGGGACUUUUUGGACCCCAAUGGCUUCGGAUACAUACAAUGUGGAGACCCCGAGAUCUUCUCGUCUGUUCGCAAGAUCGUCCCGACAGUUCGGAGAGCGCUAGAUGCCGCCCGCGCCAUUGGGAUGCAUGUUAUCCAUACCCGGGAGGGCCAUCGCCCGGAUCUUUCGGACUUGCCUGCGGCCAAAAAGCUGAGGCAGGUCAGCGCGCCAACGGGCCACCAUACGAUGGGCAUCGGGGACCAAGGCCCAAUGGGCAGGCUGCUCGUGAGGGGUGAAUGGGGUCACGACAUCAUCGGCGAGUUGACGCCCCAUCCUGGCGAAACCAUCAUCGACAAACCCGGAAAGGGCAGCUUUUGGGGCACAGGGCUACACCGAGCACUGCUUGCCCGGGGAAUAACACAUUUAUUAUUUUCUGGCGUAACAACUGAGUGUUGCGUGACGACAACACUGCGGGAGUGCAACGACCGCGGCUACGAGUGCUGCAUUCUGUCAGAUUGCACAGGAGGGUUUGACCAGCAGAUGGUGACCACAUCUCUGGACAUAAUUUGCGGCCAAGAUGGACUCUUCGGAUACAUCGGCCAUAGCUCAGACUUUCUGUCUCAAGUGGAACAGAUACCCGAUUUGAACACGCCAUCUGGCAUUCUCGCUCCAGACGCAGAGCUUCCGUCAAUCUCCGAGCUGCAGCGGCUUUACAAGCAUGGCCUUGUGGACCUGACGACGGUUGUCAAUUCGGUCUUUGACAAGAUCGAAAAGUACGAAACAGUUGACCCCGCAGUUUGGAUCUCCAAGCGGCCUCGGGAGGACGUCCUACGUGCAGCUGAAGCUCUCUCGGCCCAGUACGCCGGUAAACCGCUGCCACCUCUAUUCGGCGUACCCUUUGCAGUCAAGGACAGCAUCGACGUGGAAGGAGUGGUCACCACCGUGGCAUGCGAGAGCUUUGCCUACGAGGCCAGUUCCACAGCUCCCUCCGUCCAACACCUGCUCGAUGCUGGGGCUUUGUACAUUGGCAAAACAAACCUGGACCAGCUUGCGACGGGCUUGUCUGGGUGCCGCUCGCCAUACGGAAUUCCUCACAGCGUGUAUAGCAAAGACCACAUCUCAGGCGGAUCCUCGUCCGGGUCUGGCGUCGCAGUCGCGGCCGGGCUCGUAUCAUUCGCUGUCGGGACAGACACUGCUGGCAGCACUCGUGUCCCUGCCGCCUUCAAUGGCAUCGUUGGCUUCAAGCCCACGAAAGGAACCAUCUCUGCCCGGGGCCUGGUGCCUGCAUGCAAAAGUCUUGAUGCAACCACCGUCUUGGCACCCUCCAUAGCCGAUGCGCGUCAGGUUUGGUACAUCAUUGACCGACAUGAUCCGUUGGAUCCGUACGCCAAACCGCCAAAGAGCUUGUCGACUUGGAAGGUGGACUUUCGAGGACCAAAGGAGGGCGGGUUCACAUUUGGCAUUCCUCCGCCUUCGCUGCUGGAGAACUGUUCCGAGGCAUAUCGAGAUCUCUUCAAGGCUGCCAUCCAGAAGCUGCAGUCUUGCGGUGGUCGAAUGGUCGACAUAGACUACACGCCAUUCGCCAAAGCCGGCGACCUUCUGUACGACGCGACGCUGGUACACGAACGACUCGCUUCAAUUGGGCACGACUUUUUCGUCAAGAACAUCAAUACGCUUCAUCCUACGACCAAAUCCAUCUACGAAUCCGCGCUCUCGACGCGACUCAAGCCUUGGCAGGUCUUCGCGGACCAGGCUGCACAGACGCAAUACACCAUGCAGGCAAGAAACAUCUUUGACACGCUGGAGGGCGGCAUCGAUGUUCUAGUCGUUCCCAGUGUGCCGUGCCAUCCUACGAUCAAGGAGAUGUCGGAAGAUCCGAUUGCGCUUAACUCGAAGCUGGGGCUGUUCACGCACGCGGCAAAUGUUGUUGAUUUGUGCGGUGUCAGUGUCAAUGCCGGACUGGUGGACAAUGGGCAAGGAGUGAAGCUGCCGUUCGGUGUUACGAUCCUUGGUGGAAGUGGGUAUGACGGCAAGGUCUUGGACAUUGCUGGAGUGUUCGAGACGUCACUAAAGGAGAGGGAUAGCAUCUCAACUUGA